GAUCAACGCCGGACGUAGUGAAUUCUUUGAAAAGCUGAACAUGAAUGACACUAAAUAUUGUGAUUUGCAAGCCUUCGCGAAAGGUUACCAGGAGAUACACGGUCCGCUGAGUUUUUUCGUUUGUGUUUUCGGUUCAGUAGCGAACAUCCUAAACAUAUGUGUUCUAACGACGAAAGAAAUGCGAUGGCCGACCAACUUCAUCCUCACGGGACUCGCGGUGGCUGAUUUACUGGUCAUGCUGGAAUACUUGCCGUUCUGUCUCCACCGAUAUAUCAACCUGGAGCAGAGGAACUUCAUCCAGCACUAUUCGUACAACUGGGCAGUGUUUAUGAUGUUCCACGCUCUCUUCAGCCAAAUGUUUCACUUCAUCUCCUGUUGUUUAACGGUGAUUCUAGCAGUUUGGAGGUAUCUCGCUAUAACUUCCCCUCACAACAGCAGCUACUGGUGCGACACCAAAAAAACAGUUGCUGUAAUUGUUUUCACGUAUCUGGGCUGCACCCUGAUUUGCUUUCCGUUGUUCGUGGCACUUGAAAUCAAACCCCAUAACCAAUCUUGUGACAUCCAAGACAAAAUCAUCGAUAAUGACACGAUGUUGCUUAACAGCUCAAACAUCCUUCAUAAAACAAUAUACGUAACUACAUACGUGAGCGACACAUACUCUGUUUGGAGUUUCUGGAUAUACGCGGUAGUAAUUAAACUUGUUCCCUGUACUUUACUAACACAUCUGUCUCGGAAGUUAGUUAUGGUUCUUUUGGAGACGAAAAAGAGAAAAAAUAUGUUGUUGAACCAGGGAGUGCCCUUGAGAAAUCUCAACGAGUCGAAGCCGAUGAGGAAAAAAGACAGACAGGCGGACAGAACUACAGGAAUGCUAGUGGCAGUUCUCUUGUUGUUUCUGUUAACCGAAUUUCCGCAGGCUAUAUUGGGACUUCUAGGAGCAACGAAGGGAUCCCAGUUCCAAAAGCAAUGUUACGAUCCAUUAG